GAUUAGUUUAAGGAAGAAAGGCUAUGAAAGAAAUUAACAAAGAAAUAAUCAAAACAAUUAAGGUUGAAAAUGAUGAGAUCAUCGAUUGUUAUGAUAUUUACAGACAGCCUAGUCUUAGUCAUCCUUUGCUUUGUAAUCAUACGAUACAGAUGAGACCAAGUUCAUAUCCAAAAGGAUUGAAAUCAAAUGAACUUGGGACACUCCAACUCCCACAAACUUGGCAUAAGUAUGGAUUGUAUCCGGACGAAACUGUCCCUAUUCGGAGGAAAGGAAAAAAUUACAACCCCACGCUUUUGCGAAAACAUCAACAUCCGAGAAUAUCACCUUAUGAGACUCAGAUUAUAUCACCAUCAAAUAGCACUAAUGACAACGAUGAAAUCCAUGAGUUUACUGAAACAAAUGAAUUAAGUAUAUCCCAAAUUUGGGUAGCAGACUAUGAACACAAUGAUAUUAAUACAAUAGAAGUUGGAUGGAUGGUGCACCAAGACUUGUAUGGUGACAACCAAACUCGAUUUUUCAUAUACUGGACGACUGAUGGAUACAUGAGUUCGGGUUGCUACAACCUCAUUUGCAAUGGUUUCGUGCAAACAACGUCAAAUAUUUCCCUUGGUUGCAGUUUUAGCGAGGUGUCCACUUUCAAUAGCAGCCAAAAAGAUGCGCCCUUCAGUAUUCACAAGGAUGAAAGUAGUGGAAAUUGGUGGGUACAAGUACAAGGUACUCCAGUCGGUUAUUAUUCAAGUUCUCUCUUCACAAAAUUAUCAAAGACCACAACAACAAUACAAAUAACAAAUAAGCAAAAUAGAGGACAACAUACUUCGACUCAAAUGGGCAGUGGUCAUUUUCCAUGUGAAGGUGGUUUGAAAACAUCGAGUUAUUUUAAUUGGGUUCAAGUAGUUGACGAAGAUAACAUGAUCAAGGAUCCUGAAAAUAUUACGAAAUGGGUUACAAAUCCAACUUGCUAUGAUUUGGAAAUUGACGACGACCAUUAUGAGACAAAUGGUUAUGGUUUUUAUUUUGGAGGUCCUGGUUAUAAUGGUAAAUGUCAAUGAUUAAAUAUA